AUGCCAAAAGAUCAAAAAGUUGAUCCUUUCAAAUCAUUUAUAGCAGGAGGUACAGCAGGAGCAGUUGAAGGAGUAAUAACAUAUCCAUUUGAAUUUGCCAAAACAAGAUUACAAUUAAUAGAUAAAAAUUCAUCAACAAAAACAUCAAAAAAUCCAAUUAAAUUAAUAUAUAAUAUUGCGAAAACUCAAGGUAUAUCAAGUUUAUAUGUUGGAUGUCCUGCUUUUGUUGUAGGAAAUACUGUAAAGGCAUCAGUUAGAUUCUUAGGAUUUGAUUAUAUAAAAAAUUUAUUGAGUGAUAAAAAUGGGAAAUUAAGUGGUCCAAGAGGUGUUAUUGCUGGUUUAGGAGCUGGAUUAUUAGAAAGUAUUGUUGCUGUAACACCUUUUGAAGCUAUAAAAACUGGAUUAAUUGAUGAUAAACAAAGUAAACACCCCAAGUAUCAAAAUGGUUUAGUUAGUGGUACAAUAAAAUUAAUUAAAGAUAUGGGAUUUAAAGGUAUUUACCUGGGAGUUGUACCUGUUAGUUUAAGACAAGCUGCAAAUCAAGCAGUUAGAUUAGGUUCAUAUAAUGCUAUAAAAACAAUGAUUCAACAAGCUACUGGUACACCACCAAAUAAACCAUUAAGUUCAUCAGCUACUUUUUUAGUUGGUGCAUUUGCUGGAGUUAUUACUGUAUAUACUACAAUGCCUAUUGAUACUGUAAAAACAAGAAUGCAAGCAUUAGGUUCAAAAGAUCAAUAUAAAUCUACAUUAGAUUGUUUUAUAAAAAUUUUUAAACAAGAAGGGUUAUUAACUUUUUGGAAAGGUGCUACACCUAGAUUAGGAAGAUUAGUAUUAAGUGGUGGUAUUGUAUUUACGAUUUAUGAAAAAAUGUUAGUAUUAUUGAAUUAA